AUGUCGAGACUGCAUCCUUUACGUGGAUGUCCGGAGUCCAGAUGUCGAGUUACGACAAACAGAGCCUUUUAUAACCAGAGUGACGCUCUUAUAUUUACAGCACAGCUCUUGGAUAAAAUCCCUCCAGAGAAACUUAAAAAUCAAGUGUGGGUGUUACACAAUCACGAACCUCCACAAUGGUCGAAGGAGACGAUGCAUUUUCACAACGAACACUGGAGCUCAAAGUUCAACUGGACGAUGGACUACAGGGCCGACGCCGACAUCAGGACGCCAUACGCCAUCUUCCAAAUGAAAAACGAAACAUUUCUCAAACGGGAACGGCGACCAUCAAGAAACUACUCACAGAUCUGGUCACGGAAGGAAGGAGCUGUUGUAUGGGUGGUCAGCAACUGCCGGACCAUGAGUAGAAGAAUGAAAUACGUUCGGGAAAUGAGUAAAUACAUCCAAAUUGAUAUAUACGGACACUGUGGUAAUAAACAAUGUUCAAGGUCGAAGGAUGAGUCGUGUCUGAAUAUUCUCUCUAAAAAAUAUAAAUUCUACCUCGCCUUUGAAAAUGCGUUUUGCAAAGACUACAUAACAGAGAAGUUUUUCCGUUAUUUUAACUCUGACAUGAUCAUUGUGACCAGAGGUGGGGGCAACUACAGUGGCGUUGCUCCACCAGAAACCUUCAUCAAUGCAGCUGACUUUGUGUCGCCACAACGCCUUGCCCAGUAUUUGAACGAGCUGGCUGACAAUGAAAGAGACUAUGUCGACAUUCUACGCCGAAAGGACCAGUAUCAGCCCAUUGCAGAAGAAUAUCCUAUAGUCAGAAAUGGAAACAUUGUAUACAUGACCUACCACUACGAUGCAGUGCCUAUGUGUGACAUGUGUGAAAGACUGUGGCAUGUUGAGAAGUACAAGACAGUCUACACGGACAUAGGGAAGUGGUUCGAUAAAGGGCUUUGUUUUCCCCCUAAGGAUUUAUCUUCAUAA